AUGUGGUUACUUGGAGUGACUUUAUGCCCCCUGUACUUAGAUUUGGAGUUGGGAGGAGAAAAUAUAGACAUAUUUGUAUCAGAGAACACCAUUCUACCUUGCCAAGAUCAGUACUUUGUAGGAGGCCAGAGCUAUAAUUGCCCGUAUUCCACUACAACGUCAGAAUCUAGUGUUGACGUUUCCACGGAGACUUGGGUCUCUUUCUGGGCUGCUGGUCUCCUGGACAACAGAGAGCCCCAACAAGCACCACAGGCACAGGAACCAUCCAGUGAAUCACAUUUUCCUGUUCUGGAUUCCUGUUCCUGGGAAGAGGCUCAACUUUCUUCUCAGCUCUACAGAAAUAAGCAGCUGCAAGAUACUCUGGUGCAGAAGGAAGAAGAACUUGCUAGGUUACAUGAAGAGAAUAAUCAUCUCAGACAAUACCUGAAUUCUACUUUGGUUAAGUGCCUUGAAGAGAAGGCCAAGAAAUUGCUGUCAUCAGAUGAAUUCUACAAAGCAUAUGGAAAAUUCAGAAAGGGGAAGAGGAAACCCAAACAGCAAAGAUGCUCUUUAACUGAGAUUCCCUACCCCAAAAAUGCGAAGAGAAACUUCUCUACUGACUUUGCUAAAUGUGAAGAACAACCUGGGCCUCCUGUGGAUCCCUGGGUCCUUCAGACACUUGGGUUAAAAGACCUUAACACCAUUGAUGACACUUUAUCAGCUAACUACAGUGCCCUCUCCUCUCAUCCCAGAAGCAUCACUGACACAUUUUCUGAGUUUCCAGAUGAUGCAGUGGUUUAUGAAAAUGUCCCCAGAGAGGAGCUGCCCAUUGACUAUGGAGGUGAUAGAACAAUCCCACUGCAGAGCACUGCCAGCCAUAGGGAAGAUUUCCACUUCCUUGCUCAACAUUCAGAUGCCUCCUUGGGGAAGAAAACCCUUCCAUACUAUACUGCUGAUGUGUCACCCAACAAGACAGAAAUGGCAUUUUCCACAUCCCUGAGCCCUCACUGCAAUGUGAAAACCCAUUCUUUCCACCAAGGACAAGCCUUUGUGCGCCGAGAUGAGGAGGGAGGCUGGAAGUUUACCUGGGUCCCUAAGCAAUCUUAA